AUGGGGAAAGCCAUGAAGGUUUUGGUUGCUGUUAUAGCAUUGGCAGCAAUGUUACAUACAAUAGAAGCUGAAGAGUACGAAUUGGCUUGGUCUAUUCCUUCUGGAGUUCUGGUGGAGCUGCCACAUAUGAGGCCUGGGUGGCCGACAUUUGAUUUUCCAUCAGGAGAACAAGACCAGGCUUGGGUGACAAAGGAGGAUUUCGACAGUUGCAACACUACACAUCCGAUAUUGCAAUCAGACAAGCCAACUAAUGUUAACAUUGUUCGACCCGGCACAUUUUAUUUCAUCUGCACCUUGGCCGGCCAUUGCGCCAAAGGGCAGAAAAUUGCCACCAACUGGAUAAAUUCGACAAUGUCCAGUGUUCAAUUUCCGGCGGUGCUAUUUCCACCUCCGAGUUCAACUGCAACCACUCACUCCGCUAGGCCAGUUAAAUUUCACUCCAAAAGAGUUAACAAGAAGAAACUGACCUUGGGCGGUGCCAUCUAA